AUGCAGAUCCAGCAGAAGCUCCAAGAGAAUGGUUUGAUGUACCAGCAGACCUUGAAGCCCACCCAGCCCUUGGUCCAUCCACUCAAUAGAGGUGGUGCCAUGCUGUCCCACUAUGAUUGCCACCACAAAGGGGCCAACAUACUGGCCAUUGGGCCAGAUCUGAACAAGAUCCAAGCCAGUGUGGCCAUAGAAGUGCCCAACCAGAUGGCCAAGAAGAAAAGCCAGAUUGCUGCCAAUGAUCAGAGGGCACUUUGUGCUCACCAAGCUGUGCUCCAUGGCUGCACCACCUUGAAUGAGGAACUGGCUGCCAUCGCCCACAAUGGCAACUUGAACCUGCAAUUCUGUUGUGGAAGCCAAGGGAACCAGAACCCCUUCUACACCAUGUGCACAGAAGGCUGGGAAUGA